AUGCUGGCCUCUUUCCAGUACCUUAAUUCAUGCAUCCAAAACCAGAGCUAUGGCAUUCUUGAUUUUAGGGCAAAAAAAUACAGUAAGAUCAGAAGCUAUUGUGUGAGAUGUAAAAGUAGUCUUGAUCCAACUUUAGAUGAAGAGAAGGAUGGCAAAAGGAAGCUUAAAAUUCUAAUUGCCGGUGGGGGUAUUGGGGGGCUAGUUUUAGCAUUGGCAGCAAAACACAGAGGAUUUGAAGUAGAGGUGUUUGAGAAAGACCUGAGUUUAGUGAGAGGGGAGGGACAACACCGUGGACCAGUUCAGCUUAUGAGUAGCGCUCUGGCCGUGCUGGAAGCCAUUGAUGAGAAUGUUGCAAAACAAAUCAUGGCAGCAGGUUGUGUUACUGGCAAUAGGACCAAUGGCUUUGUAGAUGGAGUUUCAGGUGAAUGGUUUACCAAGUUUGAUCUUUCGUCUCCGGCUGUAAGUAGGGGGCUGCCUAUCACUCAAGUGAUAUGCCGGAUGGAGCUUCAAGAUAUCUUAGUCAAUGCAGUCGGAUUGGACAUUGUGAGAAACAAUUCUGAAGUGGUGGACUUCAUUGAAGAGCCUAGCAAGGUCACGGUGAUCCUUGAAGAUGGACGACAAUAUCAUGGUGAUGUUUUAGUAGGAGCUGAUGGAAUAUGGUCAAAAGUGCGAACGAAAUUAUUUGGCAGACAGGAAGCAAAAUACUCAAAUUACACAUGCUACAGUGGAGUAACAAAAUUUGUUCUGCCAUGCAUUGAUAGUGUUGGGUAUCAGGUCUUCUUGGGAUUGAACCAGUACUUUGUUGCGUUAGAUAUUGGGAAUGGGAAUAUGCAAUGGUUUGCCUUCCAUAAGCAGCCGCCUAUGAGCACUGAUCCUCCUGGAGGUAAAAAGAAGCUUCUGGAGGAGAAAUUUGGAAAGUGGUGUGAUGAAGUGAUUGCUCUAAUUCAGGAAACACCAGAGUCCAUGAUUUUACAGAGAGAAAUCUACGACAGAGACAUGAUCUGCUCAUGGGGAAUCGGGCGUGUUGCUCUGCUAGGCGAUGCUGCUCAUCCAUUGCAGCCAAAUCUUGGGCAAGGGGGUUGCAUGGCAAUUGAGGACUGUUACCAGCUUAUACAUGAGCUUGAUCAAGUUCCCAAUACCGGCUCAGAUGCUGAAAUUUCAGAUGCAAUUUGCUUGGCACUAAGACAAUACGCGAAGAAAAGAAUAAGGCGUGUUGGUAUAGUGCAUGCAGCCACCCGAAUGGCAUCAAAAAUGCUUGCUAUGUAUCAACCUUCCAUACAGUUUAAAACUGGUCCUCUGGCGCAUCUCUCAUCUCUGCAGAUAACGUACCCUGCAUUUCGAAUGGGUCGGGCAUUUCUGCAGUAUCUUUUGCCAAAAUUUAUGACUUGGAUGAUAGCAGGGCACGGGUUAAGUCUCAAAUCUCAAAGAGACAGAGACAGAGAAAGGGAAGCAAAACAAACUUAGAUGACUUCUCUGUUAGAAUU